AUGCUCCAAGAAUUUGACUGGCCAACCACAUGCCAUUUACUGGGGCUGACGGCAGAGGAGCGUGAGGAAACCCAGCAGAAUAUUCGCCAAUGGAAUCGGCAAGCUAAGCAGGAAGAUAUACAGUUGGAAGAUAUGAGAGAAAGGCAACUGAAGGCACUCCUGCGAGUCGACAAUACUAAAAGUGGACAUAAUCGCGUUCCACACCAAGGUAUCUUCAGCAAGAUUUCCCGUCAGGUUUCCGGACAAUUACAGAAUCAGAUCGACUCGGACAUUUCAAUGUGCCAGGCAAGUGACUUGCUAGAUGCCAAACUGUUUCUGCGCAUGCGUGGACUCGACCGCAAAUAUGCAGGAGAAUGGGGUAAUGGUACGUCUGCUUGGCAAGCACUUGAAGACGAUGACAUUGAGCCGUGUCUCGAUGAUGACCAGAGGACCCAUCAGCGCCUUGUGGAUUGUGCAGAAUUUGAUGCAACAGGUCUCUCAGCACAAGGGGAUGAAAAUGCUAAUGUGCCUGACCCGGAUGACAAUUGCACGAUACAGGCGUAUGAAAUGGCCAAAUACUGCCCGAACUCUGAAAGGAACAAGUACCUACACAAAUUCCGUUUCAACAAGCCCAGGCAAUGUAACGGAGAUUCUCAACCCCGACACAAGGUAGUGUAUUAUGACCCUCGAGGGAGUGAGCCCUGUCGCCUGAGCGUUGGCGCGGAGAAAGCUGCUCAUGUUUGCGAUACGAGAUGGAGAAUUCCCAAGCUGGUAUCGAGACCUUGGGAGAUGCCUCUGACGAGUCUGUCCUUUAAUGGGCCACGACCAAUCCUUGGAACAUUUUAUAAUACCCACGGCAACAAACACGACGCAAGGAGGUCCCAGAAUGCAGCCUUCGUUCCUCCGACCAGACUUCCUUAUGGAAGUAUGACUGACAGACGUGCAGGCCAAACCGCCUUUUCAUCGGGGCCUGACCCACGACACGGAAGUUCAGCAACAGAAGUACGCAAAGAGAUUCCACUCAGAUCAAGCAGUGGCAGCACGUAUGCUACCUUAUCUGAAUCAGGAAAAACUCCAAGCCUCGUAAUCUGGACCCCCAAAGCCACCCCAAAUACAGCAGUAUCAACCAUAAGCCCUGACUGUCUUCCCGCAGAUGAGAACAAACAAUCACCGCAUGUAACCAGUGCACCGCAGUCCCCACUGGAAGCAAAGAAGGUCCUCAGAGAAUCAGCUGCACAGAAUUCUGGUCACGAAGUGCUAACUGAGGACUCGAGGCUGGGAACCCCCCCGAAACGUCCAGUCGAAUCAUUAGUCUCUAAAGAGAACAAAGUGCAUUCGUCUAAAAAACUGAGCGACGGAGAUGACAGCAGCCAGGAUAGCCAUGACAACGACUAUGAUGAGGUGGUACUUCUACCUGUAUAG